AGUCAAACAUUCAAAGUGUUUGAUGUCACAUCACCAACAGGUACGAUGGGACAAACAUCUCUGCAAUGGCUGAUCUUUCUAACCUCACUGCUGAGCAGCACAACAGACCAAGCCUCUCUGACUGUGAGUCCCAGCAGCUCUCAGAUGUUUAGAGGACAGCCUGUCUCUCUGAGCUGUGAGGAGGACGACAGCUCUGCUGGAUGGACUCUGAGGAGGAACACAACCAGAAAAACCAGGACUCAGUGUGCAGAUGGCUGGGGAAACCUUGCUGGUUCUUCUUGUAUCAUCUACUACAUGCUCCCAUCGGACAGUGGAGUGUACUGGUGUGAGUCCAGAGAGGGAGCAACCAGUAACAGCAUCACCAUCACUGUCACUGGUGGACCAGUGAUCCUGCAGAGUCCUGUCCUCCCUGUGAUGGAGGGAGAAGACCUCACUCUGACCUGUAGAACAAAGAACUCCUCCAACCUCCCAGCUGGUUUCUAUAAAGAUGGCUCCUUCAUCAGGACUGAGCCUGCAGGUCACAUGACCAUCCACCAUGUUUCCAGGUCUGAUGAAGGCCUCUACAAGUGUCUCAUCAGCAGUGUUGGAGAGUCUCCACCCAGCUGGGUCUCUGUCACAGGGAAACCAAAGACCACAAGCUCUCCUCCUACCUCAAGACCUUCUAAAACCUCAAGACCUCCUUCGACCACAAGCCCUCCUACGACAAGCUCUCUGCCGUCCCCUUACAUAACCUCAGACCCCCUCCCCCUUGUGAUCAGACUGGUCGUCCACCUGGUGGUGUUCUGUCCGUACUGCAUCUCCACUUUCAUCAUGGUGUCUUUAUUUCGACACAGGGCCACAGGAAAUGGCCUACCUGUUGCCAUAGUGAUGAGCUCGCCCACCCAGGCUGAGGAGGGAUUGAAUGAUGACCAUGAGUAUAACAUCACCGCUGUCACCAGAGAGCAUCACUUCUGAUCUGAUCUGAAAAAAAGCUGAAAUAUCCGUAGGUCAGAAACAGUUCCCCCGGAUGUCUUGAUAUAAUUAUGAGUUAAAAAAAUUCAAUAUGAAAUUAUAGCUUUAAGUUUGAUUUGCUCCUUUACUGGCAGCCACAGCUAUCUCUGUAACCCUGAAUAUUUUAUAUUAUAAGAAUA